AUGAGAUCAACGUGGUUAAACCUCCGCAAGGCGGUCAACGAAAUUAAUAACUUCAAGCAACUGCUUUAUACGGAUUCGGAAGAAGAGGGCAUUUCGGAAGGUGGCGACCCUCGGCACUAUAACCAUGAUCUGUCUGAGGACUCACCACAGGGGUCGAGUCGUCUUUCUCCCGCUGCUGCAACAUCAGCUAGACAUGAUGAGGGGAGCCAAUGUUCACUUGAAGCGGCUGAUCAGCGUAUGCGAAUGAUAAAUUCUCUUGGUGAGGUAUCUAAGGAGGAUAGCCAUGAUACUUUGGGUGAUUUUACUACGAAGUUAAUAUCACAAUAUGAGAUCGGUCUCCAGGAGGGUGGUGGUACUUUUGGGGAGACCACGUCAAUGUUUUCUAGUAUUUCGUCUAAAAGCAACUUUGGUUUUGCUUCAAGGGACGCCAGCAUGAAUAAGGCCCAUUUGAGUUCUAUCGGGAACGAUACGGUAGACACUGGCUCAUCCAUCGCCGUCUCUUCACGUUUAUAUAUUCUGUAUAAGUUGUGUGAUAGUUUGGAAGUUUUGUGGAAGGAGAUUGAAUCUCGUGUACGUGAGAUUACGGGCUACACCAUGUUCGUACCACCAAUGGAGCGUCCCCCUAGUUGGCAAAAAUGUCAAAGUGUACAUAAUGAUCAUACUGAGAAGAUUUUAUCAUGGUUAGAACGGUCUUUACAUACAAUGGGUGUCCUUUGUCGUGUUUUGAAGAUCGGUGACACACGUAUAUUUGAUGGCCCCAAUGUGCUAUUGGACUCUCUAAAGGACACUGAACCUCUAUCAUCUUUCGCUAGUGUCGGCGAGGGUCUGCAUGAGGAACGUCCUGGUGAAUACCUGCGUCUAAUAACGUAUAUAUCUAAGAUUCAGGCUGAUCACGACCGUCGCGUUGAGAAGUUAAAAUCUACACAGAAUUCUGCGCUUGUUCAGGCAUCUAAGGCCAAUGAGCUUGAAGAAAAGGUAAAAUCGUUGCAGGAUCGCAUUGCCUCCCUUGAGGAUCAAUUGGUUGAUAAGCGCAAGGAGAUUAAGCAUCUUACGGAGUCUCUGUUGACUGCGAAUACAGUGAAAACCCAACUAGUUCAGAAGAACGAAGAGCUUAUCGCAUCGAACCAGAGGUUACUUAUGAGGAAGAGUGAAUUUAUAGACAAGGACACUGUUGGUAAGAUGAUCCAGCAAUACUAUGAGCAAGAUCGUCUUGGAGGUCAACGUCGUGACGAUAUUAUCAAGCUUUUAGAGAGUAUGCUAGGCAUCGAGCCUCCCAGCCAAUCGCAGAAGGCCGCUACGCAAAAGGAUGUCCGCUCACUUGCGAGCGAGUUCAUUGAUUUUCUCGAGGAGCAAUGA